GUUGAUCCUGUCUAAUUACAGAUUUCCCUUAGAAUACUUGUGAACCCAUGUCAAUUUUGAUUCUGUAACCCAACCACUUCACUAUCCAGCCUCUUCAGCAUUGAAACAUAUGUGUCUGGAUCAACAAGGCUUGACUGUACUUUGAAUUUUUGUUAUAGAUUUGUAUAUGUUAAAUGUGUUGGCUAUUUGAGCUUUAAUGGACUGCUGAUGCAACAAAAAAUUAAAGGUCUGGUCGUCAACAUGAAACAUGAUGAAAUUAAAACCACAACAAACUUGAAACAGUUUAAUUCUGAUUUUAUUAAUGUUGUGAUAUAAGUAAGAUUAAGAUUUUAUGACUUCUUUAAGAUUUUCUCAAAACAUGUUUGCAUAUUUCAGAUGAGAGACUGUGCUACUGAUUAUGAGGCACAGUUUCAAUACUCUUUGGUGUUCGAUGCUCCUGACUCCUGUCCCAAAGUUUACUAGACAACAUGUCAAUGCUUUAAUUACAGGCAGCAUUGAUUGAACACAUGGUAACCAGCUGUAGGGGGAACUGGACCAGUUCAUAAAAGGUUUGGACACUCAUCAAGUGCACAGUGCUAUAUGUGUGAACAACAGACUUGCAGCAAGAACACUUUUUAGUGGUCGGAUGAAGCCUGUAACUGUUUCAAAUCUGAGAGCUCUGUUGAAGUUUCAGUACAGUGAGGGAAAUGCAAAGCUGUUGGAGAUGGAAACGGCACAGGGUUUCCUUACUUUCCUACAGGCAACUAAAGGUGCGGACACAACGGUGAACGGAUUGAGCCAAAAGAUGUACUUAUGUGGCUGUCAGGUUCAACAUGUAUGCCAGCAGUUGGCUUCCACAAACUCAUCGAUGUAGAGUUUGGUGACACUACAUUUGUCAACACAUGUGCCUUAUGUUUGACGCUCCAACUGCAGCAAAACUUAUCGAUGGAGGAGCCAGUUUUGUUCUAUACUGAACUGAUUAUCAAAAUUCAAACAUUUACACACCAGUAACAUAUUCAAUAAGAUUCAUCAGUUUAGAAAUAUGUGAUAUCAAGGUUUUGAGGAAUUGUAUUUUCUGAUGCAGUGUGUAAACGUCCCUAUGGAUAGUCCAAAUGUCUCGGGUCGAGUGACACGAAAAAUAUACAAUUUAUCACAUCGUUUUACAGUUGCUCAUGAAAAUAAUUUGGACAGAAAUUCAAAAUCAAGACCUGCAGCUGGUGUGUAUUCUGACGCUGAAUUUGCUGCUAGAAAUUGGAUGGUCGAGCUGGUUGUAGGAUCCUGUGUUUACCUACAUGAGGACCAGCUACAUACUGCCAAAAACAAGGGGGUCUCAAAUGACGGGAGGAAAAUUGCACGCUUUUUGCUUAACGUGUUCUUUAGGAAGGAGACAUUGGCGAAAAGCAGCAUAACAUCCUCAGAAAUGGCAAAAUAUGAUCCACUGGAUUUUACUACCACCGAAGCGAUUAUCGCAUUUUCGACACUUCACUCGCAGACGAAGAGGAGUGAUAUUCUGCGAGCUAUGCGAAGUACAUUGACAUCGUACAGGAACAAACAGAACAGUGCCCACAAAAGGCAAAACCAUGUUUGACUUUGUUUGACAAGCAUAUGUAAUACCCAAGAGGUCAAGGUCACUGCUAUACAUUAAUGUCAGUUACUGUGCAAUAACUGCAGUUGCCUGGGGCCUACAGUGUUUAAAAAGAAGUAUGGAAUUGCUUUGAGGUUAAUAGGGAAGGGAGACAUCUGCUAUUGGUAUUGAUUGGUUCUUGGUAUAUGAUGUUAAAUCUGAUUGAGAGUCCCAAUAGGGUAGUUAUAUAUAUAUAAUAUAUAUUACCUAUUGAUAUCUAGAUUAUCAAAUUAAAUUAAAACAAAAGCAGUCAAAUUUUGAAAUUUUGAUUGUUUCAUGAUCCAGGGCCUCUUGAUUAUUGAUCAUUAAACAUGUGUUAUGGCACUAUUAUAACGUAAUAAAUAAAUGAUGUCACGCAUUUUGUCUGAAAAGUGAAGAAACGUAACGUUCAAAGCAUACUUUUGUCUGUCUUAAUAUAAUUGUAUAGAAAUAAAUUUGACUUGGUUAUAAAAUGUAUAAUUUUCAAAAAAAAAGCUAUGUGAUAAAUAGAAUCUUACACUUGUGUCAACUUACUGUCAAGUAGUAUGGAAUUCAUCAAACUCGUUAAGUACUUUCAUAGGUCACUCACCAAAGGCUUGUGGCAUAUGUCUGCAUUUGUGACAAAAAUUAAGAUUAUUGUGUUACACUGAACUUUUCUUAAAAUAAAUAUUGAUUUUGUUAUACAAUAUAUUUUGUUUUUUCUUUUAAGGCACAUUUAUUGCUAUUUACAGUUUCAGUUUUCAACGGUUGACAUAUACCUAUAGGCCGGGCUUAUGGAUUUGAUACUUCUAGGGGACUGCAUUGGUACUGCUAGGGGACUG